AUGACAUUGAAUACGGUCGCAUUGGGUGUCUCCCUUACCCCUACCGUCGUCGCGACUUUGGUCUCUCACUAUCUGCAUCGAAAAUCCCGUCGCACGAAACCCACCGUCCACAUCUCCUACGACGAGGCAAUCCAGGUCAUUCGUCAAUUCCUCAACUAUGCUGCCAAACACACCGUCGAGGAUAUCCAGGCGUUCACGGCUCAACGGGUUCCCGCCCCUCAUUGGGUGAAGACAACCAAGGUCGUCAUUCCGGAGGAGUACCUCUCUUCUGCUGCGAUCGCUCUUAUCAAGCAACUUGGUCCCAAAGGUAUAGCGCGUGUGGGGGGGGACAAAUGGUGGCAAUGGCGUGGACCGGCGGAGGAUCUCAGAGGAGAGUGGAUCGAGAUGAAGUCGGACUACCAGGAGAGGAAACGUACCAACGAUCAUCCGAACGGGAAGCGCAUUAUGUUGUAUCUUCACGGCGGUGCCUACUUCUUUGGCACGGAAUAUCGUCUGGCACCGCAGUUUCCCUUUCCUUGUGCCCUACAGGACUGUUUGGCGGCUUAUCUGUUCCUUCUCAACGAACACGAUCCGACUGAGAUCAUCUUUGCAGGAGACUCCGCCGGGGGUGGAAUGGUCCUUUCGAUGUUGGUCACCAUUCGCGACCAAGGACUACCUUUGCCCGCUGGAGCUAUCCUGAUAUCGCCCUGGGUGGACCUUACACAUUCUUUUCCCAGUGUACUGUCGGACAGUCCAGGUGAUUACAUCCCGCCGAGUGGCUUCCGAUAUAGGCCCUCCGCAGCCUGGCCGCCUCCAAACGCCGAUGAAAUUCGCGCGAUCAAGGACGCAAAACAAAAGUCACCAGAAAGCGCCAUGGAAGAAGCCGUGCCAAAAGAGGACACCAGGGCUCAAGAGACAGCAGUGAAGGGGUACACAGUCGAGAAGGACGGGUCAGAUCGGACAGAACCGACUCCGGGGGCUCUUCAGCAUUCAGAAGACGACGAGACCAAGGUCGUCGAAGUUCCUAUUGACGGUCAUACAGUCGUAGUGAAAGACCAGAUCCAAAUGUACGCACCGAAUCACCUCAUCUCUCACCCACUCGUCUCUCCGGUACUCCAACCGUCGCUUGGCGGUCUGCCCCCACUGCAGAUCCUCGUCGGAGGAGGCGAGCGGUUAAGGGACGAGCAGUUUUACACUGCUCACAAGGCCGCAAAUCCGACGGCAUAUCCACCCAGCGACAAGACUCUUGACGAGUAUGAUCCGAAACGAGAAAUCCUACACAAGUAUCCUGGCACGCAUGUUCAGUUGCAGGUAUGGGACGAUCUCUGCCACGUUGCCCCGACCCUUAGUUUUACGCGUCCGGCCAAGUACAUGUACCGAUCGAUUGCUCAAUUCGGUGCCUGGGCUCUUGCAUGUUCCCAGACUUCGGAGAUUGCCAUCCUCGACGACAAUGAUAUCUCUCCCAUCUCCUCCUCCAGUGAAACAGACGCUCGCGAAGCAGAGGCCAACGGUGAGAACAAGGGUAGCUCAAGGCCGUCCGUUGCCUCCGUCGGCAGGGCUGGUGAUCCACUGCCUGCAUUUAAAGACCGUAUGAUCCGCCAAAGAGUGGACAAAAGAGGACGCAUAUAUCCGCUCGAUCCCCCAUCCUCCUAUUCCGUCCUGCAAAUCCCGCGGGAUAAAAUCGGCGUAGCGAACCCGGAGCUGGUCCGGAAAUGGAUGGCCGGAAAGGAGGAGUGGGAUAAAAAAUUUGCCAAGGACAAGCUGCGAGUGCAGAAGCAGCGGAUGAAAGAAUUGGCCCAUGGAUUCCAGGACUUUGAUGGGGAUACUGCUCCCCCAAGCUCCUUGGCGGCAAGAAGACUGGCUCCUGGUGUUUUGCCUCAAAAGGGCGGAAAGGAUCGGAAGAGCUACCAGAUGACCAUGUGGAGUCGGAUGGCUAGCAAGCAUGACAAGAAGACCCUCGCAAGAGAACAGGAGAUGCAGAAGGAAGAGGGUCGUUCGAGGCUGACGAGCGUUGACGCUGGACGAGCAUGGGCGUCCAUGGAUAGACCGAGACGUCGAGAUCAUGUCGGGUCAUCUCCGAGGGAGGAGUCUAACAAGGGCACACAAUUCAACGGAGGGAAGGCAGAUGAAGAUUCGCGAGAAGCCCAGGAACAAUCUAACGGUGCUGAAGAUACCAACCAAUCUGGAGUCUCGCGUCCCGCCUCGUCGAAUUGGGGAAAGUCUGCCAGUCCUAUGAUCGUCUUGCCCGAUUAUGAAAGUAGGCAGUUCAACGCAGAUAACGCCAGCACAACGACUUUGCUGCAUGCUGCCGGAACCAUUCCUGCUCGAUCCGAACAGCCUCGGCCUGUCUCCCAGGCCGGUUCCGGGACGAUUCGCAGCGCCAUGACCGCCGACCGAGAAGAUGCCAGUAUCCUCGACGAUGCAAGGUCACUACCUGUGACCACAAUAACUGCGCUGGACAAUGCGAGUACCCGGGCCGUCCGUAAUUCCACUGGAGUAGUCGGCGUGGUCAAUGAUAAGAACUCGACCAAUGGUUCUGUCGAGACGUUGUCUGCCCCUCAGCCGUCUGAGGAUCUGGAAUCUUUCUAUUCGGUCAAUGCGAAUUCGGAGGAUGACACUCAUUCUGUCCGUCCUCGUCCAGAUAUGCCUGAUCGGGAGGUGUUUAAAACUGCAGAUGAACAUCAUUAG